GAUUUUGAUUCGACUAGAUGUAAUUUUUCUUUUAAUCAUCUGGACAAAUCUGAGUAACGUUUCUUUGCAAGAAAGUUCAUAUGGUUAUUAAACAUAAUUUGAUGUGUCUUCGAGAGUUUUGUGGUUAUCACUGUUAUAAAAUAUCUUAAUCUGUCGUCUAUUCAUAGUAUAAGUAUACAUUUAAUAUUUAAAAUAUUUUAUUGACAAGGUUAAUUGUAUAAUCUACGUAGACAGAUUUCGCUUUUACUUUCAAAUAUCGGUAUCAUGAAACCUACAGGGGAAACGAAAGUUUCUGGCGCCAAAAUUACUACUUCAGAGGCUAAGGUCAGAAAGUCUUUGCACGUUUUGCAGCCAGCAGCUACAGACAAAGAAAAUCUGGUGGGUGGUGGAAGGAUGUUCAAAGCAGAUUUGCCAUUCAAAGAUGCAUUAAAAAAGGAUAUUAAAAACACAUCAGAGAAAUCGAAAAAAGAAAGCAAAACACGUAAAAAAAUCGUUUACAAACAUAAGGCAGUUCAAACAGCGAGAGGAGAAAAGAUUAAAAUCGAAGUAGAAGAUUUGACCUCUGAAGCUGGUCCAAGUGAGAAUUAUUGGGAAGUACUAGCAGAAAGACGACGAAUAGCUCUUGAUGAUGCCUUAGAAGAAAAUAAAGAAUUACGUGAACGUAUAUCAAAAUUGCAGGAAGAAAAUCGUUUAUGUAAAGAAAUGUUGGACGAAACACGGGCAUUGGUUGAAGUAUUACAAGAAAUGAUUGGAGAUGAUAGAAAUGACAUAAACAAUUCUUUGGAAGAUAGUGCUCUUUAAUUUUAUAUUAGAUGUUUAAGAGUAAUAAAAAUAUGUUUUAUACAUUAUCUCCAUAUUGGAGAAAAGCUUAAACAGAGAUUUAAGACUAAACAAAUUUAUAUACUUUAUAUUUAGAGUUUAAUAGUUUGAACAUCUAUAAUAGUUUUCAUUACCUUUUAAAUAAUUUAAAGAAGCACAACUUACGCCAUUCUUACCUACAUUGUUUAUAUUGCUCGACUGUACUGAUUUUUCAUCUGUCUGUAUAUAUUAUAUUUAUAUCUAAACACUUUGUCAAUUUUAUAUCGUGAAAUAAAAUAAAUAUAUAACUUUUUCAUAGAGUCGCACGUGAUUAUAUAUUUAACAAUUUUCUAAAUAGUUACACAAAAAUAAUGAAACGUUUGUAACGACUCAUAUGAAACUAGUUAG